AUGGCCGGAUUGAAGAAGCAGAAGAGCAGGGCGAAUAACGACACACCUAUCGAGCAGUCGCGACCAGAUUCCAAGCCUGAUAACGCGCUGCAACCACAAGCUGAGCCCACGACACCGAAGCCGACAUCACUAGACAUCGCCCGAGCGCAGGCAUCAUCCUCGACCGCGUCACCAUCUCGCCCGAAUAGCUGGUAUAAUGCUGGAGGAUCAUGGCGAGCCAAGGCUUCACCCGUGGCGCAGAUCGCAAAGGAAAGCGUCUCUGUCGCCAAGGGCGCGACGAGUGAGGCUAGCGAGGAAGCCGCUCGUCGACCGAGUCAGAGUGUGAGCAAGGGCAUGCGAGGAAGUAGAAAGAGCGUUCCUCUGCUUGCGGAAGCGACGAGGGUCCAUGCUACAAGCGAGGCAAGUGCCAAGGCUCCACCGCGCCUCCCAGAUCAGGAGAAGGUCAAAGGUGUGGGUGUGGAUGAAGUGGCGGCGUCAAAGGGUGACGUGAAGGGUGUUUCGGUAGAGGAGGCACCUCUUCCGCCCGAGCCUGCAGAUGGUGAGGACGUGAAAAGUGUCAGCGGGAAGAGCACCGACACAAGACCACAGUCUGCACCAUGGUUUGGCUGGUGGUCAAGACCGGACGGCUAUGGCAGUGAAACUGAGAAGGGGAAGCAAGGCAACAAGAGACGGAAACUUGAUACCGAAGAGGCUAGUAGCACUCCUCUCCCUGGAUCACCUGAACCGCAGCCUGCAGACGCCAUCGACACUGUCAUGGCCGACGCGCCCGUUCGGGGGGAUAUGGUGACGAAGGCUGCACAAUGGGAGGGUGUUCAGCCAGAGAUGAGCGUCAAUCAGCAUUCCACUCGGUCAUGGUUUGGUCUGUGGAGCAAUGCUCAGAACGAGCAGGCGGUAGCACAGGCGGACCCAGACGCACAAGUGCCACCACAGGAACCUGAAGUGAGGCUGUCUGUAGAGCCUCCCGUGACAGAAGCAGCCGCAACCAGGAAAGACACCCAAGCCGGGCCAGACAAGAAGCAGAUUGAAGAUGGACCAAAGUCAUCAGGCUGGGCAUUCUGGUCAUCUGACAAGCCAUCAGAUGGCAUGACUACGCCAAGUGGCACACAGAAGGAAGUCGGUGAGAUUGCUGUAGCAGAUACGCCCAGUCAGAGCCAUCCCGAAGCAGCACAAUUCAACGAGCAAUCACAGCCGAAAGCUGACGUGAAGAGAGGAAACUCGCUGCUCAAACCGAAGCGUGGCCGGACAGAGCGGGUAAAAGAGGCAGUAGAGUCAUUAGCAGCCUCACCGAUUGACUCGAAAGCACAGACACCCACAAUAUCGCAAGUGCCGACUCCGGCAGAGACGCCACCACGAGAUACAUCAGAAGCACCGGCACCCAUAAAGCGUGGCAAAGUACCUCAGACACGACCAAACCUCGUUCUUCCAUUGUUCAGGGACCUCUAUCCACCUGUACCGAGUCCAGGAUAUCUAGAAAGGCUAUCGACAUACCUCUCACAGGCGCUGCGUCUACCCAAUAGCGACACCCCGCCACCACCACAACAUGUGUACUUCAAUCCGAAUCCACCGAAGAUAAGAAAAGCAAUAGCAAUAGGUGUCCACGGCUUCUUCCCAGCUCCUUUAAUCCAAAAAGUUCUCGGACAACCAACAGGCACCUCCAUCCGUUUUGCCAAUUACGCCGCCGCAUCUAUCAAGACCUGGUGUGCUGAGAACCAACCUUCAUCAAAAGACGGAGUCGAGAUUGAAAAAGUGGCGCUAGAAGGCGAAGGGACUAUCAAUGACCGCGUGACGACGCUGUGGAAACUGCUCCUGAAUUGGCUGUCACAUCUACGACAAGCAGACUUCAUACUCCUAGCCGCACAUAGCCAGGGUGCCCCUGUCGCAGUCAUGCUACUUGCGAAACUCAUCCAGCUCGGCUGCCUUGCACCCAACGUGAAGAUAGGUAUCUGUGCGAUGGCGGGAAUCAAUCUCGGACCUUUUCUCGAAUACAAAUCACGACUAUUCGGCGGCAGUGCACUCGAACUCUUUGACUUCUGCGACGCGGGAACAGCAGUGAGUAAAUCCUACGUCGAAGCCCUGGACGUUUGUCUUCGGCACGGGGUGAGGAUUUCAUUCGUGGGGAGUCUGGACGAUCAACUCGUGAGCCUGGAGUCCUCGCUCUACGCCCCGCUUGGUCAUCCCUACAUCAACCGCGCAGUCUUCAUUGACGGACGAUUGCAUGCGCCGAAUUUCCUCACACAUCUUGUCGUCUUUGCUCUCAAGCUCCGGAACCGAGGUAUAAGUGACCAUGGGCUUUUGAGGGAGCUCUCGGCACCACUAGCAGGCAGUCUCGUGGGCGGCGACGGCCACAGCCGCAUCUACGACGAAGCUGGCGUCUACAGCCUCGCGAUUGACUUCGCUCUCCGUAGCACCGACUUCACACCCUCUACCCUUACCCAAAGUCCUGACAGAUCUACAACAGCAGCAGCAAGCCUCCUAGCAAACGACAAAGACCGUUCCCGCUCCGCCGCCGCCGCCCGCCGAGCCUCCCUCUCCGGCUACCCCACUACACCCGCCCAAGCCAACUCCAUCCGCCGUGGCGAGGGCUCCGCUACCGCGAAUCUACCGGGUACAGCGCCAGUAUUUGCGCAUUUCGAAGCGCCUACUACGAGUACGAGCGGGGGUGUGGGCGCGAACCCUUUCACCUUACCUUGGGCUGUCAGAGGUAUGCUGGAAGAAGGGGAGGUGAAGCGGGAUGGGGUGUUGAUGGCGGAGGUGCGGGAGUUGGUCGAGGAAUUCGAGGAGUGGAGGCCGCAGACGAAGAUUUUGAGGGAUGUUCGCUUUCGGUUGGAGGGGGUGAGGAGUUUACUCUGA